CAAUUUCUCACACAGUUUAAUUGUUUGUAGCAAUUAUAUGGACUCUCUUGUGAGCGUAACUCCACUUUCUCUUCUUCAAAGAAUCCUGCUAGCCUACAUAGCCGCGUCAACCUACCAAUUCUACCUUGCUUCACCCUCAUCCACGUCCAACUCAACAUCCGCCGCCGGCGAUGCCACGGCUCUACUAGCCUUCAAGUCUCUGUUAUUUGAUCCCCACUACACCUUAUCGUCAUGGAACGUUAACAACACCUCGAAUGUGUGCAAUUGGCAUGGCAUCGGCUGUCAGUCUGAAGGCCGACGGAGAGUCGUGACAGCCGUGAGGCUAGAGUCCCUUGGCCUAACUGGCAUGAUAUCUCCGGCUAUCGCCGACCUCACUUUCCUCAGAGUCCUUCACUUGCCAAACAAUCAGCUCAAUGGAAGCAUUCCGCGUGAGCUCGGUGAUUUGCAUCACCUGCGAUACCUCAACCUCCGCUCCAACGCUCUCGAGGGUGCAAUUCCCGACACUUUAUCGCAAUGCUCCAGACUCCACACCAUCAGCAUUGGCAGCAACAAGCUCCGAGGGAGCCUCCCGUCGAGCAUGGCCCGAUGCUCGAGGCUCCGUAUCAUCGACUUCAGCAACAACCUCCUCACCGGAGAAAUCCCCGAUGAAUACCGAUCGCGCCUUCCGGAACUCUUGGGGCUCUUCCUCAGCAGCAACAAUCUCUCGGGCGCCAUUCCUGCAUUUGGGAGCAACGGCUCAUCCUCUCUUGUCACCAGUAUCUUCCUGUCCAAUAACAGUCUCACAGAGCAAAUUCCAGAGUCUCUUGGUAACCUCACCUCUCUCACUCUUCUCUACCUCUCUAGAAACCACUUAGUAGGACACAUUCCUCCUUCCCUCGGAAACUGCAUGAAUCUUACUCAUGUUUACGUAAGAGACAAUAAUUUGGAGGGGAACAUACCAGAUAGCCUAGGCCAGCUCACAAGAUUAAGAAAUCUUGAUGUUUCCAACAACUAUUUAUCAGGUGUCAUCCCUUCGUCUCUGUAUAAUCUAGCAUCCCUCAGUAUUCUGAACCUGGCCAUGAACCGUCUUGUGGAGACUAUACCUCCUGAUAUUUUUCAGGCCCUUCCUGAGCUUCAAUUCCUCUCCCUGUCUUGUAAUAAUCUUCAAGGGCCCAUUCCCCAGUCAUUCUCCAAUGCCACUCAGCUCCAACACCUCGAUCUUUCUGACAACAGUUUCUCAGGAGUUAUUCCUUCAAAUCUUGGCCAUCUUAACAAUCUUGUCAUGUUAGGCCUGGAGAUUAAUCGAUUUGAGGCGAAGGAGGCCAAGGAUUGGGAUUUCUUCAGUUCUUUGGCCAACUGCACAAACCUCAAGAAGUUGUUUCUGUCCCAUAAUUAUCUUGCUGGGAAUUUUCCUGCUUCCAUCGGAAACCUCUCUUCGCGGCUCGAGCGGUUGUUCAUGAGUGAGCUCCAAAUAUCAGGAGCAAUUCCACCAGAGAUUGGAAAGCUCCAAGGCCUGCAGUCUCUUGAUCUGAGCGAAAACUUUAUAACCGGUUCCAUUCCUAGCACAAUUGCAAGCCUCCCCAAUUUGACUCAAUUAUAUUUGUUCAGAAACAGGCUUUCCGGCCACAUUCCUGAAUCCCUAGGGAACCUCAAUCGGCUAGAAGUCCUCCAACUGGGGGACAAUGAUCUUCACGGGAACAUUCCGUCAAGCUUUUCAGCUUUCCAUCAACUGAACGAGCUAAACGUUUCCUUUAAUCGGCUAAAUGGCACCAUUCCUAACGAAUUGGCCAAAAUUUCUUCUCUAACGAAGGUUCUUGAUUUGUCUCACAAUUAUUUUACCGGACCAAUUCCAAGAGAUGUAAACCAGUUGAAUCUUCUUGUCCUACUUGAUAUUUCUGAGAACAAGCUUUCUGGCGAACUUCCUGUUACACUUGGUGGCUGUGAGACCUUGAAUAGCCUUUACAUGCAAGGAAACUCCUUCCAAGGCGCCAUACCUAGGCAAUUGAGAAACUUGAGCUCCCUCCAAAGGCUUGAUAUUUCACGCAACAAAUUUUCAGGCCAAAUUCCAGAGUUCUUUGCAGAGUUGGAAAGUCUCCAAUAUCUCAAUAUCUCUUUCAACGAUUUUGAAGGUCCUGUCCCAAUAAAAGGCGUAUUUGCAAACACGAGCGAAAUUUUCAUGAAUGGCAAUUCUAGACUUUGUGGAGGUGCUCCAGCGUUACAACUCCCAUCAUGCCUCGUGCAUUCUUCUAAAGAUGGAAAAUUUUUCAAUACUCCACGGAUCGUUGUGCUCACAAUUCUCAGUUCUUCUCUCUGUUUCAUUCUCCUCGCCACCAUCAUUAUCUUGAGAAAGAAGGUUUCGAGCCAGAGAUUGCCGAGGCUUUCUUCCUCAAGGGAUAAAUUUAGAAUGGUUUCCUAUUUAGAGCUACAUAAAGCAACCGAUGGGUUUUCUUCUGUCAACCUGAUUGGCACCGGCAAUUUCAGUUCAGUGUACAAAGGAAAUCUCGAUGGCUAUCAGAACCCCGUCGCUGUUAAGGUACUGAACCUUGCAGAGAGAGGAGCUCUAAAGAGUUACCUGGCAGAGUGCGAGGCUCUCAAAAGUAUAAGACACCGAAAUCUAGUUAAGAUUCUCACUUGCUGCUCUAGCAUCGACCACAGAGGCAAUGAUUUCAAAGCUCUGGUGUUAGAAUUCGUUCCUAACUGCAGUCUUGAAGAUUGGCUGCAUCCAAAACAUCCCUCAAAGUAUUUAUGCCUCGAGCAAAGAUUGAAAAUAGCCAUUGAUAUUGCCUCUGCACUAGAGUAUCUCCACCAUCAACAUGGCCAGACUCCAAUUGCCCACUGUGAUGUGAAGCCAAGCAACAUUCUGCUUGACUACGACAUGCACUCUAAAUUGGGUGACUUUGGCUUGACCAAAUUUAUCCAUGGAGCGUCCUCAGCGACGACGACGGGAGACCCGAGCUACUCCAUCGCAGUAAAAGGAUCCAUCGGAUACAUACCUCCAGAGUAUGGCAUGGGAGGAAAGGUCUCCACACAUGGAGACGUGUACAGUUAUGGCAUACUUCUGCUGGAAAUGGUGACUGGGAAGAGGCCUACAGAUAACAUGUUCUAUGAUGGUCGAUCGCUUCGAAGUUUUGUGGAGGAGUUCUUUCAAAAUGUAGAUGAAAUUGUUGAUCCUGUAAUAUUGUUGAGUAUGGGAGAUGAUAGCCAGAAGGACAAAAUUGAAGUGUGUCUAGCCUCCAUGGUUGAGAUUGGCCUAUCAUGCUCAAGGGAAGCACCUGAUGCAAGGAUGGACAUGAAGACAGUCACUACCAAGCUGGCCGCAAUCGAAAGUGCAUACUUGGGCUGCGAUAAAACAAGCCAAUAAAAGUUUGCAAACUUGGAUUGAUCAAUCUUUACUAUUUUCCCAGUAAAUUAUGCAUCCAUCGGAGAACAUGAAGACACGCGAUUAUUUAAGUCCUCCCUCUGCAUUUACCGUUAAUAAAAUUAUGUAAAUAUUAAUGCGUAGGUUGAUGAGUUAUGUUAAAUAUUCCGUCGCUAAAUUAGUAUUUAGUGACCGAAUAAAUUU